AUGGAAGGUAGUGCUAUCAGCUCUGGCGAAUUUGUCAUCAAGUACGCGAGCUACCACGCGCGGAACGUGUGGGACAAGAGCUCGGACACCAGUUGGGCCUCCAACGGGCGGUGCUCCCCGGGGGAGUGCUGGCUGGGCUUCCACUUCAAGGAGCGCCCUCGACCCGUCCGCUGCGUGCGGGUGGAGCACCCCCACGGCAGCGAGUACCACGCCUCCGUGGUCAAGGUGGAGUGGCUGGGCCAGUCGGGCUGGGAGGAGGACCCGAGCGUGUUUGUGCAGCUCCUGCCCCUGCCCAGGGAGGAGCUCUGA